AUGUCCAUGGGUCACAACUUCCCAUCAUGUGACGACAGCACUUCUCCGCGGAGGUGGUCACCUCCAACAUCGGCGGCGCUGGUGGCUGCGGCGCUAGCACCGCCAGCACUCAGACCCUGGCUGCCGGAUCCUCCCACUAAGAAAAGCAAUCAUUUGGGUAAGACAGGUCUCGUAUGUGUUGUCUGCGGUGACACGAGCUCCGGCAAACAUUACGGCAUCCUGGCCUGCAAUGGAUGUAGUGGCUUCUUCAAGAGAUCCGUCAGGCGGAAACUUAUAUAUAGAUGCCAGGCGGGUACUGGACGAUGCGUGGUUGACAAGGCACACAGGAAUCAAUGUCAGGCGUGCAGGCUGAAGAAAUGUCUCGCUAUGGGAAUGAAUAAGGAUGCUGUGCAAAAUGAACGACAACCACGCAAUACGGCAACAAUCAGACCAGAGGCGUUGCGCGAUAUGGACCAAGAGAGGGCGCUGCGCGAGGCAGCCGUCGCUGUUGGUGUGUUUGGUCCGCCUGUGUCCCUGGCCAUGGCUCUGUCACCUGCCAGGUACCCGCUGCUGUCACCUCACUACGCCCCGCUGCCUGCGCCACCUCCGCAACCAGACUCCUCACUCGACCACCAUGAGGAUGGCAACCACCAUUCGGACAGCGACGACGACAGCAUAGACGUUACCAACGAAGAAGACUCCACAUCAUAUUCACCUCCAGUUAUUUCAUCCUACCCUCAAAAUUGUAUGCCAUAUGGGCCACUGGGCGUAGAAAGUUCUGCUGAGACAGCGGCUCGGUUAUUGUUCAUGGCAGUAAAGUGGGCAAAGAAUUUACCUUCAUUCGCAUCGCUGGCUUUCAGAGACCAAGUAAUUCUACUGGAGGAAGCUUGGUCGGAAUUGUUUCUACUUAACGCGAUACAGUGGUGUCUUCCUCUAGAUGCUGCUUGUACUGCGCUCUUUGGCAACGAGCAGACUGAUCAAGAGUCCGGCACAAAUUCUCCAACACUCCGUCGUCUGCGGGAAGUUCUGGCGCGCUACAGAGCGGUUCUCGUUGACCCCGCAGAGUUCGCUUGUAUGAAGGCCAUUGUCCUCUUUAAAUCAGAAACCCGCGGCCUGAAAGAUCCUCUUCAGAUAGAGAACCUGCAAGACCAAGCUCAGGUUAUGCUGAUGUCCCACGCUCGGAACGCCCACGGCGCUGCCCCGGCACGCUUCGGUCGACUACUGCUUCUCCUUCCACUCUUGAGGCUCACCACACCAUUGCAGCUAGAGAGAGAAUUCUUCGCGAAGACCAUCGGACACACGCCCAUGGAGAAGGUCUUAGCUGAUAUGUAUAAGAACUAGAUAAUUAAAAAGAAAAAGUAGAUACCUUGGUGUAUAAAAGAGAUGUAAUAUAUUAAAAAGGCUUAAUAAUUCUAAAAAUAAUAAAAUAAAUAACCCAAUUGACUCCUUAUAUUAUGUCGAUAUACUCGCAAUGCAAACAGUUGAGCCAAUCAACUGAGGUAAGCGGGCGCCACGCUGAAUGCACAUUGGUCAGGUAAUAUUAUAAUAUUGUGGAUUUAUAUUACAACUAUGUUAUGGUAUCUGAAAGUCCCUUUAUUCGCGUCAGUGGGUUAUAAGUUUGAUACUUCAUCAA